CACGCAGGUGGAUCGCGUUCUCGCCCAUUGCUCUUUCCACACCUCACACUCUCUCUCCCUUUACUGCCGCAACAACACUCACCAUGCCUCCUCACUCAAGGCUACACGGCGGAAGAUCUUGUCUUGCCCCUUCAUCCUGCCCCGCGGCGCUUGCCCGCUGACGACUGCAGCCCUCGGAAAAUGCCUCCGAACAGCAAGCGCGCGGCCCUCGCGAGCUCGCCGGCAGGUAAGUGCACGUGGACAGCAGCUGAGCAUGGCAGCCACCACCACCACCGCCACGCCUCCCUCGCGUUGACCGCACCGCUCACUCAUGGCGACAUGGCAGGUGUCAAGAAGAAGGACGGCGCCUUCACCCGCACCGGCCAGGCGUGCGACCGAUGUAAACUUCGAAAGAUUCGCUGCGACGCCCGUCUCGGCGGCUGCUCUCCCUGCCUGGUGAACAACUCCGAAUGCAAAACCACCGAUCGCAUCACCGGCCGCGCCACCGCUCGUGGCCACACCGAAACCCUCGAGAGCGAGAACACGUCGCUGAAGAGACACUUGCGGGCAUUGCAGCAGCAAUUAAGAGAGCAGGGCGUCGAACCGAAAGCCGCGCCUAAUGGGGCACAGCUGCACAUCUCUGCAUCAUCGGCAUACCUUGAGCACAAUGCGUCGCAGGACUCCUGGGCGGACACCAGCGGAGACGGCAGUUUCAACACCACCUCCACCUUCGCUGCCCGCGCCGCCGAUCGCAAGACCUCGCAGGCCUCUCUCCUGCCUGACUUCCGCCCGGGCUGCAUCGGCGACAAUUAUCUGGGCGUAUCGUCCGGCAAUGGCUGGCUCAGUCCCAUUGAAGGCACCUGUCUCGCUCUCUUCGGCAUGAAGAUCGACGUUGCCGAGUUUCUCCCACCCGAAUCCGACUCCAUGGCCUCCCCGCUCUCCUAUCGAACAUUCCUCGCCCAUGCCCUGGGCAAGUCGAAGCCGGUCAACGCCCCGCCGCUGCCCUCUUUCGAAGAGCUCACCUUCUACGCCGAUUGGUACUUCAAGAGCAUUCAAAUCUUCGUUCCCGUGCUCCACCGUCCGGAAUUCCUGAAAUUGAUCUCCGACAUCUUUCACGCACAGUAUCAACCAAAUCCCGCCGAGACGGUGAUGCUGCACAUGGUGGUGGCCAUCUUGCGAUUCCAGCUGUCGCUUCGCAACGGAGCGGAUCCGUCCAAUGACGAUUACAUGCAGCACUAUCACUACUCUCUCAGUCUCAUUCCCGACCUCAUCACUGGCCACACUCUUCAAGAUAUUCAAGCAUUGGUCCUCAUCUGUGCACAGCUCCGCGCACAGCCCAGACCCGGCGCCGCAUGGAUGUUCAUCAACGCCGUGUUUGGAAUCUGCGUGGAAAUCGGCCUUCACCGAUCCGCCGACAAUUGGCAGGACUCGGCGUCCGGACAAGACCCUCACACUGUCGAAAUGCGCAAGCGCAUCUUUUGGACAAUCCUGGUCUUGCACGUUGGUAUCGGUGGCAAACUUGGCCGACCAAUGCCUAUCCGACUCGAAGACAUUGACAUUGAGAUCCCUGAGCCUCAACCGGACAACAUGCCGUACGAUUCUCAUCUGUCGGCGUGGCAGAAGUGUUCCUUCAGGGCUGCAAUCCAGGGCUUCAAACUGCUUCAGAUCUUGAUGCAAGUGUACGCGACCAUCUACGCCAUUCGCUCAAGUCCGGAGCCGUACGAUGCCACCGUGGCCAGUAUCGAGAAGCAACUCAAACGAUGGAAGGAUGACUUACCCGCGGAACUGUCAUGUGGGCCGGACACGGUCAACGAGGACAUCACCCCAGCCCUCUACCUCGAGCUGACGGUGCAAUUCAUUCGACUGGUCUUGCACCAUCCAUCGCUCUGUCGGACGAUCUCUCCUCAGCUAUUGGCCAACAACGCCGAUGUCUGCCUUGAUGCAUGUGGUAAGACUCUUGCUCUUGCUAUGCAGCUCAAGAACCUCAACGCCUUGGACACGACGUGGAUGCAAACUACGGAUUUCCUCGCGGCCAUCUUCACCACCUUGUUUGUGCAUACGCAGAGGUCGGAGCAAAUCAGCUCGCGGGAUCUCCACCAAUUGAGACGGGAUAUGGACAGCUGGCUCGAUGUGAUGGGCGAGGCGGGCAGUCUCUUAGGUGCUGGAUCACGACUUCGAGAGGCGGUCAGACUGAUUGUAGACCGUGCUCUCGGCAUCGUCGCUCGCCGUCUUCCGGCAGAGAACACGGCUGGCGCCUUGGCCUCGGCGAGUCUACCGAACACUCCUACCGACGGAUCGUCCGCCUCCGACUUUGCGGGUACAGGUGCUCAGACCAAUGGACACCACCAUCCCAACCAUGGACUGGGGAUGCCACAUGUGGCACGCUCAUCGUUCUCCGGAAGUCAUUCCUCAGCCGAACAAGCGCAGCAAUCCUACCCACCUGCACCCUCCGUCUACCCGGAUACCCAAGCACAGCCCCUAGCGCAAUACCACCCCAACACUCUCACGCAGUUCAACACCUCCGUCUUCGACACCAAAGCCAACGUCGACACCCAGCUAAACCACGCCCAACCGCUGAUGCCCCAGCAGCAAACAGCUCUCCAACAACCUCACCACCACCCCGCAGGCCCAAACGGGACCCCCUACCCCCUCCAAACCCCCCAACAAGCCUACCUCUACUCUACUCCUCCCCCACCGCCCCAACACCAAAACACCUACCACCACCCCGACCCCCACCAACCCCUCGACAUGCUCAACUCCGGCCCCGCAGCAUGGCGCACCUUCGCCGACAGCAUGAUGACCAACAUGGGCGGCAUGGGCCCCGCGCCCUCGGACUUCAUGCACGCCGGGCCCGGCAAUCCGCUCAUGGGCAUGGGCGGCGAUGCGAAGUCCCUUCAUCCCGUGGACGUCGUCUCUGCUGGCGGCGGCCCGCACACCAACGGCGUCGGGGUGGGGGAUUUGGUCGGCGGAUUGCAGAUUGCUGGCGCGCCUCCGCCCUGGCCUUUGAGUCAGAUGGGGCACUUUACGACGGUGCAGGGCAAUGGGCAUUAGCUUGUUCUUUUCUUGAUGAUGACUUUGAACUUUUGCGAGUGAGCAAAUGGGGGUGAAUAGGGGAGUUCUGGGACUGGGAAUGAGGGAUGAUACCACUGUGCCGCUGGCCUUGAUUUAAGGACGGCGAUGGAUCCGAGGCGGCUUUUGUUUAUAAGAAGCGGAAUCGAUGUGAUUACGGUAUCUGAAGUCAAUUCUCCCACUUCUUUCAAGGAUCGGUUGUAU